UCAAAACCAGCAUCAAUCUUCUUUCAAAUACAAAUUCUGCCAAUUCUGACUAGUAUAGAAAAUGGGUAUUUCUCUAAAUUCCACCCCACAGUCCAAUCACGUUCACACACACAAGGUCUUCCUAUUUUGUAACUACAUUCUACUAGGUGCAGCAUCUAGUUGCAUUUUCUUGACCCUUUCACUUAGGCUACUUCCUUCCAUAUGUGGCUUCUUUUUUAUCCUCCUCCACAUCCUUACUAUAGCCGGGGCUGUUUCCGGUUGUGCGGCAGCCUCAUCAGACUCUUCUCGAUGGUAUGGUGCCCACAUGGUGGCCACGGUCUUAACCGCAAUAUUUCAAGGGUCAGUUUCAGUGUUGAUCUUUACCAGGACUAGCGAUUUUCUUGGUAACUUGAAGUCAUAUGUGAGAGAGGAGGAUGGUGAAGUGAUACUUAAGUUGGCAGGUGGGUUAUGUGUGUUGAUUUUUUGCUUGGAGUGGGUGGUUCUUACUCUUGCAUUUUUCUUGAAAUACUAUGCCUACGUUGAAGGAGAUAAUAUGAAGCGGAGUGCUAAGGUGGGUCAGGCUCAAGAGGAGGAUUUGAAGGACUGGCCAUGGCCUUUCCAAGUUUAAUUUUUUUUUUUUUUUUUUUUUUUAUGAUCAAUUUGGUCAUGCCAUCGUCAGUUUGUUUUGUUCAUUCAUUUAUUGGUUUAAUUUGUUGGGUUCUUUUCCAUAUAUACUGUACCGAAGAAUGUUGAAUUAAUGAUUA